AUGAUUGAUAUUUUGGUUAUGAUCCGAAACAUCCAACAGGAAUUUCUUGAGAGAAAGGCAGAAAUUUUGGGUAAACAAAUUUCAUGUUUUGCUGUGGAUAAGAGAUGUGAAAAUCAGAGAUUGGUUUUGAGUUAUAAAAGUGGAAAGUUAAAAGGAAAGGCAUCACUGUUUUCAUAUAAGGAAUUGUUGGAAGAUAGUGUUCAAGAGUUGACUGAAAUUAAAACAGUUGAUAUGGAAGAUUCAAAUCAAUUUACGACAACUCAUGAAAUGUUAUUUGUUGAUUCUUACUUUGUUUGUUUACUUUCAAAAGGUGCAAAAUCAAAAGAAGUCAUGUAUUAUAAGAGAUUUAGUUUGAAUAUUUCACAAACUACGAGAAAUUUCAUUUCCUGUCAAUCAAUUGUUACAAAAGAAAGUGAUAUGGAUGAAAUUCGAGGAACAAAGGGUGUUUAUAUUAAGAAUAGUAUGAUUCAUUUAGAAGGAAAGGUAGCUCUCUUUAGAUGUGGAUUGAAAUUGUGGAGACCUUGCUAUUUGGAUGGUGAAAAGUAUUAUGUGAGAAAUGCCUCCUCAAAUAUUGUUUCAAGUGUUGCAGGAAAUGCUAACAAUACUACUGAUUCUUCUUCAUCACUUUCCAGUAAUAUUCAAAGUUCAAAUUCUGAAGAACAAUCAGAAAUUGAAGAAGUCAACUAUGAAAGAACCAACACUUUACAAUCCAUGAAGGAAGAAUUUAAAUAUGCCUAUGUUAACACAAAUGGUGCUGAACCUUUGAGUGUUUGUUUGUGUUUCCCAUAUGUUGCUUGUUUGAUGAGUGACAGUCUCGAUAUUUACAAUUUAUAUUGGAGAGAAAGUACAACUACCAAGUCAACUAUGCAAGCAAAGAAAGUUUAUUCAUUAUUGAACAAUAAGGAUGGUACCACUAUAUUUGCAGAUGAACAUCGUUUCUAUGUGGUUACUGAAAAUUCAAAUGCCAUUCGUUACUUGUCUCCUCCAAAUAGUGAUAUUCAAUUAAAGACAUUGAGAGAAGAGUUGCUCUCACCACAAGCUCAUCACUUGUUCAAAAUGAGACAAGACAAAAAUAGUGAAGAUUUCAGAAAGGAAUUGAUGGAAUUCCAAUUUGCAAAUGGUAAAGCGAACUUGGAAAGAGGUAGGCCGAAGGAAGCUUUCAGAUUCUUCUUAGAAUCAAUGAAGCAAUCAAAGUAUUUAUCCAUUGAAGAUAGAAAGGAUAUUCGUGAGAUUUUGAGAUAUUUCAUGUAUUAUAGCGGUUCUUCUCAUUCUCAAUUUAGUUUGAUUUCACCAAGUUUCUUCCCGUCUUCAAUUUCAAGUGAACCAAUUCGUGAAAAAUUGACUACAAACUUUAAACAAGGGAAAAUCAAAGCUGGUAUCGAUCAGAACUUUAUCACUCAAGAUAUGGCUAUGAACUUUACAGAGCACUUUAUCAACUUGCUCAUUCACAAGACUUUCAUGUACUUGAUGGAAUUCCUUGAAGUGGUUCAAUCAAAUCCAAAAUAUAGACCUGAAACUUUGGAUCAACAAGCUGCAGUUGAAUAUGCCUUGUUAGCUCUCUACACAUUACCUCAUCCAAACAUGGCUUCAAAGGAAUUUGAUGAAAACAAUAGAAGAUCCCUUGCCUACUAUCAUCAUUCUUGCUAUGAGAACAUUGAAAAGAUUGUAAAGAGAAAGCACGAACCUGGUUUUGAAAAGUAUACUGAACAAUUGUUCAAAGUCUUGACAGAUACUGGUUGUUGGAGACACGCUGCCUUGUUAGCUCAUAAUCUUGGGCAAAGUACUCAACAAGUUAUGGGUAUUUUCAAGAGUAACAUUAGUCGUGACAUUUACUAUGAACGUUACGAUGGUGUGGAUGAUGUUGUUGAUAUUUUAAGUCAGAUGGAUGGUAAUACAUUAUUGCAAAAUCCAUCCAUUAGAGAAUUCAUUUCAUGGAUCAUUUCACUCAAUCCAAGCAAGAGUGUCAAGAUUUUCACCGCCCCAAGAGCUAAUCCACCAAUCCCAGAUUUGGUAUUGGAAUUCUUGAAUCCAUUCCCUCUCAACAUGACAGUUCAAUAUUUGCAUCACAUAAUCUAUGAAACAAAGGGUCAAGGUAUUACAGAUAGAGAUUUGAAUAGAUAUCAUACAGAAUAUGCAAUAAGUUUGAUUGAUUAUGUAACCUUGAUUUAUCCUGUCAAUCUCGAUAAGAGACUUGCCCCUCCAGCAGGUACUGAACAGGGAGAUCUCGGUAAAUUUAGAGGAUACUUGUUGAAACACAUCAAGGAAAGUAGCAGAUACAAUAAGGAAAUUGUCGACAAGAAACUUCAAACAUCCAAUUUGAAUGAGGAAAAGAUUUCACUCUUCCAUGUUAUGGGAAAACACGAGGAGGCAUUAACUGUCCUUGUAAAAACUGAUUUGAAGAGAGCUGAGGAGUAUUGUGAUACUGUCUUUGAGGAAGAACAAAAAUCUACAGUUUUACUUUCAAAGAGUGGAAAUCAAGCAAGUAAUUACAAUCCAUAUUUAAUCAGAUUGAUUGAAAUUACAACCAAUCCAACACUUUUUGAUGAAUAUGAUGAAGAGAGUGCUCUCCGUAGAAUGAUGAGUGUUCUCAGUUUACUUCAAAGAAGAGCUUCGGAUAUUAACAUUAUUGAAGUAUUGUCCGUACUUCCAGAACAUUCUGAAUUGAGGCAAUUAUCAACCUUCUUAACUCAGGCCAUUCAAUUUACUCAUCACAAUAAUAGAACUACUUUAAUUAAGAAUGAAUUGGCAAGAAAUGCCUCAAUGCAAGUUAAGGCACGUCAUGUCAAAGCUACAACCAGAUCAAUAACUGUUACUUCAACUACAUCAUGUCCAGUUUGUGAACAACCUAUUGGUAAUGCUGUCUUUGCAAUCUUCCCUGACCAAUCAGUUGUCCAUUAUCGUUGUUUGAUUAGCAACGAAGAUGAAAAGAAGGAAAAGAAUAGGAAUGUCCAUCCAAAGAAUGGUAUUGAUUUUAAGAAAUUCCCAGUUGACUUUUAAAUCUUUACCCGUAACAAAUAAAUCAAUUAAACAAUUCGUUC